AUCUACUUUGAUCGUGUCUCCUCUCUCGCUUUCGCUGAUGUUGAUGUUGUUGUUAUCGAUUCAGAUUUGAAUCUUUCCCUUCUUGUUCGGUUUUCGGAAAUUACUACUUUUUUUUUUUGUUGGAAUCUCAAAAUCUCGAUUGGAUUGCGGCGGACGAGAAUGUGGAUCCUGUAAUAAGGAUUGGGGGGAAUUCUCAGUUUGAAUUGAUCGAGGUUGGGGGAUUUUUUUCGGAAUUCAGGCUGAUUUGGUUGACUCGAAAAGGAGAAGCGCUUUUUCAGAUGAAUUGAAUGCAGUGGGUGUGCAAUUGAUACUCCUUGGACAGGUUUUUGAUAAGAAAGAUUGGAUUUUGUGAUACUACGGACAUGGGGUGUCAGUGUUCUAAGCUCCCAGCAUGUUGCUGGAAUUCCCAGUUCAACGCAGCAGUGCUCGAAGUGCCGGAUGUUGAGAAUGAAGAGAAGGGUGAGGUUGAUAACUUGCCUGUCUUUCAAGAAUUCACUUUGGAGCAGCUUAAGAAUGCCACAUCUGGGUUUGCGGUAGAGAACAUUGUAUCUGAGCAUGGAGAGAAGGCUCCAAAUGUUGUUUAUAAAGGAAAAUUGGAGAAUCAGAGAAGAAUUGCUGUUAAACGGUUCAAUAGAAUGGCUUGGCCGGAUGCUCGCCAGUUUUUGGAAGAAGCAAGAUCAGUUGGCCAGCUACGCAAUGGUAAAUUGGCAAAUCUGCUUGGCUGUUGCUAUGAAGGUGAUGAGAGAUUGCUUGUGGCAGAAUACAUGCCCAAUGAGACACUAGCCAAACACCUAUUUCAUUGGGAAACACAACCAAUGAAAUGGGCAAUGCGAUUAAGGGUUGUACUCCAUCUUGCACAAGCUCUAGAAUACUGCACAAACAAAGGGCGUGCCCUUUAUCAUGACCUUAAUGCUUAUAGAGUUUUAUUUGAUGAGGAUGGAAAUCCAAGGCUCUCAACCUUUGGCCUGAUGAAAAAUAGUAGGGAUGGAAAAAGUUAUAGUACGAAUUUGGCAUUUACUCCACCCGAGUAUCUGAGAACUGGAAGAAUAACAUCAGAAAGUGUAAUAUAUAGCUUUGGCACCCUUCUUCUUGAUCUUCUUAGUGGCAAGCACAUCCCUCCCAGUCAUGCUCUUGACUUGAUACGGGACAGAAAUCUUCAGAUGUUGACGGAUUCCUGCUUGGAAGGACAGUUUUCAGAUGAUGAUGGGACUGAGCUUGUACGCUUAGCUUCUCGGUGUUUACAAUAUGAGCCUAGAGAACGGCCAAAUCCAAAAUCAUUAGUUGCUGCUUUGGCACCUCUUCAGAAGGAAACAGAGGUUCCUUCUCAUGUCUUGAUGGGUAUCCCUCACAGUGUUUCUUUCUCUUCUCUAUCCCCUCUUGGUGGGGCUUGCUCAAGAAGGGACCUGACUGCUAUACAUGAGAUGUUAGAGAAUCUUGGGUACAAAGACGAUGAAGGAGUGGCAAAUGAGCUCUCCUUCCAAAUGUGGACAGACCAAAUGCAGGAAACCUUAAAUUCAAAGAAAAAAGGUGAUACAGCUUUCCGGCAAAAAGAUUUCAGGGAAGCAAUUGAGUCUUAUACACAGUUUAUUAAUGUGGGAACCAUGGUUUCUCCUACGGUUUUCGCACGGCGUAGUUUGUGUUAUCUCAUCAACGACAUGCCACAGGAAGCCUUAAAUGAUGCAAUGCAAGCUCAAGUCAUUUCCCCUGUAUGGCAUGUAGCGUCCUAUCUUCAGGCUGCUGCCCUGGCUGCUCUUGGAAUGGAGAAUGAAGCUCAAACAGCUCUUAAGGAAGGUGCAACUCAAGAAGCCAAGAGGAGCAAAACUGCUGGACAAAAGUGAAGGAUCAUGGAUAAACUGUAAAUCCCUUUACAAUAGAACUUCAUUUAAGAAGAGAUUAUUACAUGCAAUUCCACAGUUCAGCCAUACAACAGCAUUGUUCUCCACUCCAUCAUGGCAUUGAAUUAGUUGUUCCUGAUUCUGAGUGAAAUACAGGAGUGUAGGCUUUUGUGCUUUUCUUUUUGUUAUUCAGUAUUCUUUGUGCAGUUUGAUUUAUCGUGUGUAAUGUAACGUACCAAAAUCUUUCCUCAUGCAUUCAUUAAGAAGGAAAAUGGAAAAAAAACAUUUUUUAUUU